CACAGCUCGCGGAUAAUCGACGGGCCACGGGUGAGAAGCGGACUCGGGAUUAAAGCCAUGGGCGGCCAGAUAACGCGAAAUGCCUUGUACGACUCGCUCGGCGGCCCCUUUCCCUCAACAACACACCGAUGCCACCACAAGCCCAAGCGCUGUCUGCCCAUCCAGUGUGGCGGUGUGGGCAGGCCCCUGGCCAUCAGCCCGCUCCUCUUCCACCCCAAUGCCAAGGGCUGUCAGAUUGUCAUGGACCUUGCCCAGAAGACAGUGAAGAGACAGGCUAGCUUCUGCAACGCCAUCACCUUCAGCAACAGGCCCAUAGCACUGUAUGAGCAAGUCCGCCUCAAGGUAACUAAGAAGCAAUGCUGCUGGAGCGGGGCACUACGUCUGGGCUUCACCUCCAAAGACCCCUCCAGGAUAAACCCUGACAACCUGCCCAAGUAUGCCUGCCCUGACCUGGUGUCCCAGAGCGGCUUCUGGGCCAAGGCCCUGCCUGAGGAGUUUGCCAAUGAGGGCAAUGUGCUCGCCUUCUGGGUGGACAAAAAGGGUCGAGUCUUCUAUCGCGUCAAUGAAUCCAGCCCCAUGCUGUUCUUCAGUGGGGUCCGCACAACCGAGCCCCUUUGGGCACUCAUCGACGUUUACGGCCUGACCCGCGGAGUGCAACUGCUAGACAGCGAGAUUGUUCCCCCCGACUGCCUGCGUCCGCGCUCCUUCACCACAGUGCGCUCCUCCUCUCUGCGCCACGAAGUCGACGACUCCCGCCUGUCCAUCAGCUUGUGUGACCUUAAUCUGCAGCAAGGGGACGGAGGCCCCGCCCAUAGCCAUGCCCACCGCCACACCCUCCAUCUGGCCUCGGCCUCCUCCUCUUCCUCGUGCCCCAUCCCGCAAAACUCCCUCAACUCCCAGCAGUCCUCCCUGCUGCCCUCAACUCUGGAGAGCGACCUCCGCUUCCACCAGCUUCGCGGCACCCACAUCAAAACUUUGGACGAGCAGACGGUGGCCCGCUCUGAGCACGUGCGUGCCGAGCACACCCGCGAGGAGCGCACCUUGGUCUUCACAGACCGGCCGCUGCACACCGCUGAGACCGUCUUCAUCAAAGUUACAAAGUCCAGCCCAGCACGCUCAGGCUCGCUGUCCUACGGCGUGACCUCCUGCGACCCGGCAAUGCUCCGGCCCAGCGACCUGCCCUACAACCCAGAGGCUCUGGUGGAUCGGAAAGAGUUCUGGGCGGUGUGUCGGGUGCCCACCCCUCUCCAGAACAGCGACAUCCUGGGCUUCUUGGUCAACCAGGAGGGCGAGGUCAUCCUCAGCCACAAUGGCACUAAUGUCGGCAUGCAGGUGUGUGUGGACAACUCCCGUCCCCUCUGGAUGUUCUUUGGUCUACAUGGGGCCGUCACUCAGCUAAGGAUCCUGGGUUCGACCCAUCUGGCAGAACCGAGGGCCCCAUCCAGCCCCAGCUCGCCCUCCUCCUCCCCUCACACCUCCACCGCCCUGGGCAGCGGCGUCUCCGACACGGUGCUGAACGGAGGGCUGUGCACUGCUGCCCCCUGCAGCUCCACAGGGGGGACAACCCCCAGUUCACCCAUCAGCCUACCCAAGUCCCCUACCUUCCCAUCGGGCCGUGGGGCAUGGCCCGACGAGUGCUCCAUCUGCUACGAGAACAUGGUGGACACGGUCAUCUACGCCUGUGGACACAUGUGUCUGUGUUACACCUGCGGCCUCAGACUAAAGAGGAUGUCCAACGCCUGCUGUCCGAUCUGCAGGAGGCAGAUCAAAGACAUCAUCAAAACCUACCGCAGCACGUAA